CGAACUGGAGAAACUCGGAGUGAAUAUAACAGUAGAAGAGUCAAACACCCUGUAAUAGUCUUCAGCUAGGGUUUAAACAGAAGAUUCACGAAAAGAGCCAACGAUACGCAUACCACUACGAGAAUGGGAAGAGGAAAGUUCAAGGGUAAACCCACUGGCCGUCGCCAGUUCUCCACUCCCGAACAGAUGAUGGCUGGUACUUCUGCUUCUCGUCCUCGCACAUUCAAACAGGAAGAAGCUGAGGUAGAAGAAGAUGAGAGAUCCGAAGAAGAGUCUGAAGAGGAAUCUGAUGAAGAAUCUGAAAAGAAGAAAGGAACCCAAGGUAUCAUUCAAGUUGAGAAUCUGAAUUCAGGCAAGCCAAAGAACCUGAAAGCUAGAGAUGUUGAUAUGGACAAAACAACCGAGCUUUCAAGACGUGAAAGAGAGGAGGUUGAAAAACAGAGAGCUCAUGAAAGGUACAUGAAACUGCAGGAACAAGGGAAGACAGAACAAGCAAGGAAAGAUUUAGAUCGUUUGGCUCUUAUAAGGGAACAAAGAGCAGAAGCUGCUAAAAAACGUGAAGAGGAGAAAGCAGCCAAAGAGCAGAAGAAGUUGGAGGCUCGCAAAUGAAUUUGGCUUGCUCCAAGAGAUCAUGUUAAAGAAGUUAUUUUCGUCUAUGAAACAUUUUUAUUCUGUUGGGCUCAAUCGAGCACUGUUAUCGUCCGCUGUUGGCAACUCUUACUUGCCUUUGCCUGUUUAGCUGUUUGGGCAUGUGUCGUUGGGAUGCAUGGUAGUUUUUAAUUUUCAGAUUUAUUAGUACCCUAUUUUUAUGUACAAGACGGUAUGGAUUGACCUUACAGAGCAAAAAUCAGUUAUAAUUUAUGUACUAAACUAUAUUUUUUUCCA